AUGAGUGAAAUAUGUGUGAACCACGGGCAAAACGGUCAGCCAGCUAAAAGAGAAGGAUUUGUUUAUGAUAUGUGUAGGACCGUAGCUCCAGCCAUAACUCUCUCUUUGAAUCUCUGUACUCCGUAUGGAUUUAAAAUGUACGGAGCAUUUAUUAUUAUUAUUAUUAUUAUUAUUAUUAUUAUUAUUACUGUUUGUUCAAACUUCACUGUGUACGGACGGACCAAGGUAGAAAGUAAAAAUGGCUGGAUCCCUCCCUAG